UAUAGAUCAUCCGCGGAAAUAUUAAUUUCUGUUGCUACAUCACAUUCUGUAGGUACAUCACCUCCUCCAUCGAUAUCACUUUCUACGGAUUCAUCAUAUCUUUUGACGCAUCACUAUGGAUACAUCACAUUUCUAAGCACAUCACCAUCCGAGAAUAAUUCACCACAACAAAAAGUGGCUACUAUAUUUAUCGAAAUAUAUCGAAAUAUUGUUUAA